CUUUCUCAUCACGUUUUCUCUCGCUUGAUCCGUUUUACAGUCGAGCUCCUGCAGAUGUUCGAGUUCAAUGUGACGGCCACCUUCCCUGCGGCGCCCCUGCUCACCGUCAUCCUCGCCCUCGUCGGCAUGGAGGCCAUCAUGUCCGAAUUCUUCAACGACACGCAGACCGCCUUCUACAUCAUCCUGAUCGUGUGGACCGCCGACCAGUACGACGCCAUCUGCAGUCACACCAUGAUCACCAAGCGGCACUGGUUGAGGUGAGCUGAACGAUAAUAGGGUGACCACAACCACAACCACCGUAGCAAUAACGCUUUGGUCCGCUCAGGAAGUGGAGGUCGCCCAGAGGUCGUCCAGGUCUUUUGAUAGAGGAAGACGUGAUUGUGAUGGACUGAGCUAACUGCGUCAGCAGAC